AAGUAAGGCAGGUGAAAAACUGCAACGCCCGUCAUUCGUCCGUGUCGUUAUAUUACACAUACAUUAUGUAUAUAGCAGUACGGUAUCGAGACCAGUAGUUUAGAAGACUAAACUACCUUUAGAUCUACCUGUAUGUACAUGUAACUGUGUGUACUUAUUAGCAUUUUAUUAUUCGGAUAUAAGUAAUUUCUACGCCAAAAGUAUGGGAAAUAGCCAUAUACAGAUUUUUCAUCAUGACUGGCGGUUCCCGAACUUUGAUAUCUUCAGACAUACCACAGACUAGGACAAAGAACUGACCAGUGUAUACUUUUUGGUUUUAUUUAAAACUGUGAUACAACAUUCAUCAUGGCAAACAAGACCAAGGCUGACAGCCUGUCUGUGAGGCUAAGGAAAGAAGGCAAUGGAAUAUACACCUCUGUUACACAGGGUCUGUGUGCAGCGAUCAAACUAAGUAGGUUAAGCAAGGCAGCAAACUGCUAUUGUAGGGCGUUCGAGGCGGCCACGAAAGACGAGGAGUCGAUAUCUGCCGCUAAGAAUGCAGCAACGGCCUACUGGAAAUUAGCAGAAGUAAAAAUAGAAGAGGAUAGCACAGUUGCAAAUACUAUAUUUUACUACAAAGAGGUAUUUAGAUAUUUCUCCUAUGCAUAUAAAAAUGGCCUUUUGUGCAAUACACAAGCCUGGAACACGCAGCUUAGCUCGUCGAUUGACGGCUGUUGGUCGGACUUUACAGGAACCACGCACACGCAUUUUGACCUGGAAGAAAGGAUAGAUAUGUAUUACAACAUACUACAGGUAGUUGAAAUAGACUAUAUUAGGGGUAAUUUUUAUCUCAAUCUUGCAAGAUUCCACUUCCGGAAUGGUGUUACUGCAAUUCAGAAUGGCCAAUAUCAGCGUGGGAUGUCCGAGUUAAAUAACUGUUCUAUGCCAAUUCACGAAGCUAGGAAACAAUGUCUGGAUGCAAAGAAUGUAGGACUGGAAUGUGAUUAUCUAGAGGAUGACGUCAUUAUGCAUACGUGUACUGCGGAUGCCAUGCAAGCAAUAGAUGUUGGUGACGAGUUGUUCGAGCAGACCAUCAAAGGGGAUGAAAUGGUAAAUAUGGACAUGGUCUGGGAUGUGGUUGAUUGGUUUAAAGUUGCAGUACUGCGCACACGUGAGAGAACGGAAAUGGAACAAGAAGCUAUAGCAGCAAGUCGACUAGGCAAAAUAUAUGACAAAGUGCUCAAGAUGAAGGACAAAGCCAAGGAAUACGUGAUGCGUUCUAUUCAACUGGCACAUAGCAUGCAUCCACGAACUUUCAACUCGGAGGACUGGUUUAAAGAUGCCUCUGAAAUUUUGAAAAAGUAUCAACAUGAAACACAAGAAGAAGACGAUGCAGAAUGGAACAAAGCAAGGGAGGAGAUAAAGAAAGAUAUAAAAGAACAACUUGACGAUCUCGAAAAGGCUGACAAGAAGGGAGAUAUUGGUUUCCUUGACUAUGUAUACGAGAAAUUCCCACCGAAGAAUCCACUGCACAAGGAACUAUUCGAGGUACUAUCGAAACCAUCAGACAUAGAUUAUAGUAAAACAAAGAAACUGUAUCAGAAAGCUGUCGUGAACUACCACCCCGACAGGGCAAAUGUGGAGGAGAACGGGGUCCAAUGGAAGGUUAUUACGGAGGAGAUUACCAAGCUCCUUAACCGCCGGUACAACCGGAUGAAGGGCCUGUGAAAAGAAUAGCAAAUCUAAUUAAAGAUAACAGCAGCACACAAACAUGUGAUUACACAUGCCAUCGUUUAACUUUAGUGUAGGUUGUUUUAACUUCAAUAAGACAAAAACAUUCAAUUUCCUCUCGAAACAACCAAACUGUUUAGCCCUGAUGAGUUAUUACACAGUUUUUACACUCUGGUGGAUUGUAUCGUGUUUAUUUCAUCUUUAUUAUUUUUAAUACAAUUGCCGCUAGGUAUUUAUACUUGUCAGAAAUGAUUUAUCAAGGUAAUAGUCAAGAUGAACAAGUUUCCAAGAUUUUGUUACUAUUUUUUAAAGUGGUACGGGGAUCCUUAAAUACAGAUGCAAACACAUUUUAAAUGAAAAAUUCUUACGAUACAGAUACAUUCAAACCUGCUGAAUAAGUUAUGUUAUGGAACCCUUUUUCUGUCUUCCCGCAGGAUUUCACUUGGUAGAGUCUGUAUUGAUGACGCUAAAGUCAAGCUAUGUUAAAUCCUAAAUAUAUCACACAUCAACGUAAUCAUUGAUAUAAUUUUUAGAAUUAUGUAAAAUUAAAAGUAAAAUAAUAUAUCAAUCUACUAGUAUGCAAAUGAGCAAUUUAAGAUACAAAUUUUCAAUUCCUAGAGUAAUUUAAGAAUGUACUAAGAGUCAUUGGACGUUCACAAGGCUAAAGGUCUUAAUUGUGUACACUGUAAGAUGUUAAAGAUAGUGAGUUAUUACAUUUCCUUUAUCAAUGACAUUUAAUUUAAACUUGAUUGAUACCACUGCAUUUUUCUCAGCCUCUGGAAAGUAACGAAAAUAAUUCCACUUCCGAAGUUUUUCGACAUGUGAUCUUUCCAAUUAUAGACAAAAAUCGUAAUUUUACAAACUAUGUCAAUCUUCAAAAGACAUGUGCACAGUAGAUGGUAUGUCAAUUUAAAUUAUCCUAAUCUUCUAGUUGCCUUACCAUCAGGGUUUCGUGAAAACCUUUCUUGUGAGAUUGCUUUUCGGAUUUUGGUCACAAUUCUCGCAUUAUAUCAAUUUGUGUCCAUAUUUCUGCAUUUGUUUCAAUGAUAAUUGCAGAUUUGGAGAAAUGAUUGGCGUGUUGUGUCCUGCAUGUUAUCGUACAGGUAAUUAAUGUCACAGUCCCUGCAUAAUUAGGAGUACUCUUUUGUGUCUUUUCUAAGUGUGAUAUUAAAGAAAUUGAUCCGUUGAAUAUUAGCACAGGCUAAUCGAACUGAUGUAUUACAUAAGAUACCGAAGGUUACGAAUUAACCCCAACUCCUCCUCAAUGAUCUGAAAACGGUUUUGCUGCAGCCAAAUCAUCAAAUGCGUCCGUCAUUUUUGUUGAAAUCAUGUACUUAUUUAAUAACUUCAUAUGUUUUGAAGAGGUGCCAUAACUGAACGGCUAUUUCAGACUUAUAACCACAAACAUGAAAAGUAUGCUGUUUAUCAUUGUUAAAAAUAUUUCUAGUGUGCUCCAUUUGAAUCACCAUUCUGUCAAAUAUUACAGUUUUACUUUAUACAUAAUGUACGUAUCAAAGAAAGCUUGAUAAAGGGACCAGUAGGUCUUGAAAGAUUACGACACGUUUAACAACAACAAUGUUUGUGUAUAAAGUCAAACGUAGACAUAACAUAUUUCCAAAUUGAUAAACCUUAUCAAAGCACCAUUCUGCCAAUUUUAAUAAAUAUCAUAGCAUAGUGUUUUGGUUUUAUCUUAUUUUACUUGCAGUUCAUUAGCCUGUAUUCUGUAAUUUUGUAACUUUUUCGCUACAUAAGCAUGUGUGCUAGUAGGGUAUAAGUUGUUUUUACUGAGUACCGUACAGGAGAAAUAUGGGUGAUAUAUAUUUUGCAUUUACAAUAUGCUAGCAAAAACCUAAAGUGAAAUACACUAUUGGAUUUAAGAUGUUUGUGCAUGAUAGUGUGUAAAGUGUAUACUAAAACAAUAAUGUAUAUACUGCAUGUUUAUUUGUGCAUGUAUGUUUGUGUAUAUGCGUGCGUGUAUGCAUGCAUGUAUGUAUGUGAGUGCAUGUGUUGAUGUGUGCAUGUAUGCGUGUAUGUAUGUAUGCAUUCCUUAUCUACACAUGUAUCUGUUCUGAUUGCAAAAUGUGAUGAAAUGUUUGAUGAUUCCCUUCGAAAUGUUUUAUAUACCGAUACAAUUUAGGGAUCUAGAGUGAAACAUACUGAAGUAUACGUUUUUACAUAAACUAUAUGUAUGUGUUAUGUUUAUGUAUGCAUGUAUGACUGUUUGUAUACAUGCUAUGUGCGUAUAUUUGUGCAUGUAUGUUUGCUAUGUAAAUGCAUGUUUGUAUCCUAUGUAAAUGUAUCGAUGUAUAUAUCUGUGUAUGGAUGUUUGUAUACAUGCUUUGUGCGUAUAUAUGUACAUGUAUGUUUGCUAUUUAAAUGUAUUGAUGUAUGUAUCUGUGUAUGCGUGUUUGUAUUACAUCUUGUAACAUGUACCCAUGUUUGUAUGUGUUUGUCUUAAGAAAGAAAAUAUAGUAUAGUGUAUUGAUUUUAUUUUAUUUUACUCGCAAUACAUGAUCCUGUAUUCUAUCUAUUUGUAUGUUUCUUUCUUUUGCUAAAUAAGCAUGUGUACUAAUAUGGUAUUAGUAUUAGUAUAUUUUACUGAUUAUCUUACAGGUGAAACCUUAUUAAGAAAUAUUUUGCGUCUGUGAUAAUUUUCCUGUAUACUUGUAGAGGACAAUUUUAUAUUUAAUAUGUAAUAAGACAGAUAAGAUAUCUUAGUUACGUUGUUUGCAUGUGCUAGCUAACUGUGAUAAUAGUAUAUGCGUAAGGUGUACUUCGUAUUAUAUCCAUAUGUUUUAACUCAUCCAUUUUACGAAUAAGAGACCAUUGUGAAAUAUUUGCUUUGAUCCUAAAUGAAGUUUAUUAUUCCUGUUAUAAUUACCAUCGUUGUUUUAUAGAUCACUCUGCAGGCUAUGUUUCUCUGUUGCUUAUCAAGCUUCAGUAAAAUGUGGAAUUCAUUAAACAAUUAUUAAUUAAUUACUCGCAUUCGACGUAUAUUAUUUUCACAUUGCAUUAUGGUUGUACGAUUGUGAUUGUCAUCCCUCUCCUCUAGUGAACUACCAUUUAAUGAUUAUGAAUGGUGGUUUGCAUUAUUGUUAUGUAAUAACGUACGAUUUUAUAGUAUUUAUCACAAUACCAAUUUAUUGUUAUGUGACAAAGUAAAUAAGUUUGAAAUAAGGUUAUCAUGAAAACAUGAGCUGAUAAUUGAUUAAAUUGAUCGGGCCAUUUUGAUGUCAUUGUUAGUAUUUAUUGUUAUUCUCUCUUAUAUUUAUGGCAUUGUGA